GUGCGCACGUCUUCCUCCCUGCUGCUGCGUUUGGCACGCCCAUUACGCGCACCAUGUCGUCCGAUAAAGUUCCAGACACCCCAGUGGAGAUUCUUGUGGAUCUUCUAAAAAAGGCCAAAGACAUAGCAACAGCAAAUGGAGGUGUUCCCAAAGAGCUGACCAGUCGCCUGCAGGAGGCUUUGGACAUCGCUAGUGGCCUGGACGAAUACCUGGAGAGAAUGACCACACAGGAAAGCCAACCUCUGGCAGAGCUUUACGAAAAAACCGUCACACAUGACUGGGAUCGGGUGCAUAAAGAGGGCAAGACCAUGUUCAGGCUUCCCAAGGAGUGCAUCACCGGACACGUGGAAGGUCAGACCCUGAAAAUGCUGGUCCACAUGAGUCAAGCCAAAAGGAUCCUGGAGAUCGGCAUGUUCACAGGUUAUGGAGCUCUGUCCAUGGCUGAAGGGCUUCCAGAUGACGGCUACUUGGUCGCCUGUGAGUUAGAGCCAUACCUCAAAGAAUUCGCUCAACCCAUCUUUGACAAGUCUCCACAUGGCAAGAAGAUCAGAGUGAUAACCGGAUCCGCCCUUGACACGUUAAAGGACUUGGCCGCUGCUGGAGAACAGUUCGACAUGGUCUUCAUCGAUGCUGACAAGAGUAAUUACAUCAACUACUACAACUUUAUCUUGGACAACAACCUCCUGAGAUUGCGAGGGGUCAUCUGUGUGGACAACUCAUUGUUUAAAGCCAAAGUCUAUCUGAAAGACACCACAGAUGAGAACGGGCUGGCACUUCGGGAGUUCAACCAGUUUGUGUCUAAUGAUCCACGUGUUGAACAGGUUAUUGUCCCUCUUAGAGAUGGCAUUAGCAUCAUCCGCCGAGUGUCUGCAGCUGCUGAAUGUUCAAGGACAGAGAGUAAAAUCACAAACGAUGAGGUUUUCCGUGGCGUUGCGGGCCGUCCCAUCCUGGACCGGCUGCGUCUCGACGGAAAGACGGCCUAUGUGACGGGGGCGGGGCAGGGCAUCGGCCGGGCGUUCGCACACGCCCUCGGCGAGGCCGGCGCCAAUGUGGCGGUGGUCGACAUGGACCAAGAGAAAGCUGAGACUGUGGCUAAAGAACUGUCACUUAAAGGGAUCAAUUCGAUCUCAAUCUCCGCUGACAUCAGCAAAUCAGACGAUGUCCAGAGGAUGAUUGACAGCAUUGUGUCCAAAUGGGGAGCGGUCCACAUCGCCUGCAACAACGCUGGCAUUAACAUGAACUCAGCCAGUGAAGACACCAGUUUAGAGGAGUGGGACCGAACUUUUAAUGUCAACCUGAGGGGGACGUUCAUGUGCUGCCAGGCUGCAGGUCGAGUGAUGUUGAAGCAAGGAUACGGCAAGAUUAUCAACACAGCCUCCAUGGCCAGUCUAAUAGUGCCUCACCCCCAGAAGCAGCUUUCAUACAACACAUCGAAGGCAGGAGUGGUCAAACUGACUCAGACUCUGGGCACCGAAUGGAUCGACCGAGGAGUGCGUGUCAACUGCAUCUCGCCGGGGAUUGUUGACACCCCUCUCAUCCACUCAGAGAGUCUGAGGCCUCUGGUGCAGCGCUGGCUGUCAGAUAUCCCUGCUGGUAGACUGGCUCAAGUGACAGACCUGCAAGCUGCAGUGGUCUACUUGGCAUCUGACGCCUCCGACUACAUGACAGGGCAUAACUUAGUCAUAGAGGGUGGGCAAAGUCUGUGGUAGACUCGGUAGAUGAAGAGAUGAAAACUUUUUUCUUUUUUCGCUCUCCUGAGAUUAGUUUUGGAAACAGGUGGAUCUCCUCACGACGCUUUCACACAGUGCUAUUAGUUUUACUGCCACUGAUAUGCAAUGUGUUAUGAUAUGAUAGACUUUAUUUCAGACAUAAGUGGGAACAAAAUACAAACGCAAAGAGAAACCACAACAGGCCAACCAAAAAAGAACACAAUGUACAACUACCUCAUUGUGGCUCCUCAACAACACUCAGUCCAAAAUGAAGUAGGAAGAAGCCAAGUUUAUAUCAUCCUACCCCAAUUUUACAUAACUAAUAUAUAUAGAAAAAGAAAAAAAAAAAGAACAUAUCAGCACUCUGUUACUGAAAAACAGCUCAGGUUAUAAUAUCCCAUAGAAAACAGAACAGCAGAAAACUAGUAGUGUGUUAAGAUUUGGGACCAAUUUCACAACUAAAUAUUUGUACAGGACGAGAAUAACCAGGAAACCACAGUGCAUUCAGAUAAGUAAAGUCUGUUUUUACUCAAAUUUACCGACAUUAUUCCCUAGAUCUGAUGUCAAGGCUCAGUAUUAACCAUCUACCGCUGUUGAAAGAUAGAAAAAUGCUCUUCACUGUCGGCCAUUGUUUUAAGAUAUCACUCUUCCAAAGGAUCUAAGUCUGCUCUUUUGGUAAAUAUCCAUGAUAUAUUGAGAUCCUGAAUGUAUCCCCUUGAGACCCAAUGUUGCAGUUUCACAACUAGUUUCAAAACCUUGUUAUAUGGAGAUUCCAUAAAAAAUAUAUUAAAAAUAUAUCCGAAAAAAAAUUUCAACAUGCUGUUUUUACCCAAGACAAUUAUUCUAUACAAAAAAAAACCCUGAACCUUCUACUUUCCUGGGUCAUGAGGACCAGUCUUGGCAGUUUUUAAUCCCGGGAAGAGGUAGAAUUGAAAACAUGGAGGAAAAAACUGUUUGGAAUUUUUAUUUUCCUGAUUUGAGAUGUGAUAUAUUUGCACAGGAUUAAGAUCACAUUCAAACAAGUACAAAGUCAUUCUGGUCCUGUACAAAUAGACUCAUCUAAAGAAUUCCAUCCGUUGCACAAAACUGUUUUUAUUGAUGAUCCUAAAUAGCAGCUUUUGCUUUGAUUUCUUCAUCUUUUGCAGUUAAAAGGAUAACUGAGCCUUGCUGCAGUGUUAUGUCUUGUAGUCUUCUUCUAUCUGUGCCACUCGAGCAGGUUGUGUUUGCUGUUAUGCAUGAAAGUUUUGCUGAUGUGUUUAAAAAAAAAAAAGUCUGACAACCCUACUUGACAAGGUGCUCAGUCGUCAAAACCAUCCACAUUUUUUGCUCUUUCUCUGUUCCCUUCAGUCCUCUGUUUGCUUUGUUUAUUUUGCCUUUUAUAAACUUUUUUAUACUUUGUUAUUUCACUUUUAGUAGCAAAACAAAUUCUGACUCUUAAAUGUGCAGUGUAUAACUCCCACCACUAGGAGGCGCUCAAUCAAGACACUAAUAAAAGAUGUAAUUGUGUAAGUUUUUUAAUAAUAUUUACAGACGAGAUGGUAAACAAAAGUUUCAUUGACAUUGACGUAAGUCGUGUAAAUGUUUUUUUUAAUUUCACUCUGAAUAUCAAUCUUAGUCAAGGGGAUAUGAUGAUGAACGAAGAAAUGAAUCAAGCGUUAAAAUAACAGUUUUGAGAACAUUUUAUAUGAUAUAGUUAUACAAGUCAAAGAAUUGUACGAUAUAAGCUUAAUUUUUAGGUGUUUAAAAGCAGAAUUGUUACAAAUUAUGUCCUAAAGUGAUCUUACAUGAUGGAA